UCCCACUGUUUCCCUUUCCCUCAAACCCUGCUCUCACCACGCACAGCUUUGCAGACCAGCUUUUGGCUACUAAUUUCUCUUCCGUCUUCCUUCUGAGUCACAUCAUUAGUUGUGGGAGCACGAAGCUCUAAUUGUAUAUAAAUGUCAACCAGUCUCCACUCCGCCGCCACAAACCAACACUCCACCACCACACCGCCACAACCCAGCCCCACCACCUGUCACUCAUUUCUCUCUCCUCAUUUUCCGUUAUGAAACAACAGAUACCUCCAAAAGGCAAGCCAUCGAAGUCAUUAAAAUAACCAUAAAAGAGAGAGCCUUGGAGGUCGUGUUGUUGUCGUCGAGACUUGAGAAAGCAAGAAGAGAGAGAGUUGCAAAAACGAAGAAUCCCAAUGCUCCUGUCCCAGUCUUUAUAACCAUUAUCUCCUUGGAUCAUCUCUGUCUCUUCAAUCCAAAUUGCACUAGUUAGAAAAUAAAAAUCCUCGUCUAACUCUAUGAAGACCAAGCUCGAAAUCAACCUCCAUGGCAACAGCUUGUAGUUCGGUGGUUGAUAAUAGAGACGAUGUUGAGAGUAAUAGUACUAAUGGUAGUCCGAAACUGACCCGAUCAAAUUAUAGAAAUCAAUCGAUUCCUCUAUCCGACGGUAAAAUGGUGAGGAAGAGGGCGGCUUCGGAGAUUGAACUUCAUCCCGGUGGUUACAAUAGGUUUCUGCGCCGCAACGCCACCACUUCCACCGCCGUGAAUCCUCUCAUCGCCGCCACCGAAAUGGGCUGUUCUUAUUUGAAUGGUGAUAACAAUAACCACUCUAACCACUCACAUUCCACCACCCACGUCCUCCCCAACCACUCCACUACUCUACUUUCCUCCACAAACCCUAACGUGACGUCUUCCGGAUCCGGGUCCGGGUUUCUGGACCCCCUCUCAUCUCAUUCUCAUCCCCAUCUUCUUCUUCCGCAAGACCAUCAAUCUCAAGCCCCUUCUGUAUGUGUUUUCUCUGGUCUCCCUUUGUUUCCGCCGGAGAGAAAUCGAACCACCAACUCUACGGUUGCGCCUCCGCCUUCCACCGCCGCAGCUGUUGCACCGUUCAGUGGUGGUUCUUCUAUGGAUGAUGCGGCGGCGAGUACUGCAUGGAUCGAUGGAAUCAUAAAGGAUCUAAUUCACAGUUCGAGUCAUGUCUCGUUGCCUCAGCUCAUUCAAAAUGUUCGAGAGAUCAUUCAUCCUUGUAACCCUAACCUCGCCGCCCUCCUCGAGUAUCGUCUCCGCUCUCUCACGGAGGCGCCGACGAUACCGAGUUAUCCGGAGCGGAGGAAAGAGGCAGCGCCGCCAAUUCCGCCUCUACUGAACUCAUCAUGUCAAUUAUCAAAUUCAUCUACUCCACAUCCGAUGAAUCAGUACUCGAAUUGGGGACAACCACUACCAUCACCACCGAUCGCCACCACCAGCGCCGCCGUAGUAAGCCAAGGAAACGCCCAGCUCCUCCGUAACAAUCCGGCGAGCCCUAAUUCUAUCACACCGAUCAUAUCAAAUCAAGUCGAGCAACCUUCUCAAGAAAAGCCACAUCAGGAUUCUCCAACGGCUGAGCAUUCAACGCCGCCGCCUCCGCCUCCGGCAUCAACUGCGAUCGUGGCGAGAGAGAAGAAAGAGGAAAUGCGUAGGCAGCAGAAGAGAGACGAAGAAGGUCUCCACCUCCUCACCUUACUACUUAAAUGCGCCGAGGCAGUGGCCGCCGACAACUUCGAAGAAGCGAGGAAGAUGCUGCUCGAGAUCUCCGAGCUCUCGACACCGUUCGGUACUUCGGCGCAGCGCGUAGCGGCGUAUUUCUCCGAAGCGAUGUCGGCGAGGCUAGUGAAUUCAUGUUUAGGGAUCUACGCGACGCUGCCCACCAUUCCGCACAGUCAGAAGAUGGUGGCAGCAUUUCAGGUGUUCAACGGGAUCAGCCCAUUCGUAAAAUUCUCGCAUUUCACAGCAAAUCAAGCUAUUCAAGAAGCUUUUGAGCGAGAAGAAAGAGUGCACAUCAUAGAUCUGGACAUAAUGCAAGGGUUGCAGUGGCCGGGGCUCUUCCACAUUCUGGCGUCGCGGCCUGGCGGUUCGCCUUUCGUGAGGCUGACGGGGUUGGGGACGAACAUGGAGGCGUUGGAGGCGACGGGGAAGCGGUUGUCGGAUUUUGCGGAGCGGUUGGGGCUGGCUUUUGAAUUUGUCCCGGUGGCGGAGAAGGUGGGGAAUUUGGAUCCGGAGAGGCUGAAUGUGAGGAAGAGGGAGGCGGUGGCGAUACAUUGGUUGCAGCAUUCGCUCUACGAUGUUACCGGCUCAGAUGCUCAUACAUUGUGGCUCUUGCAAAGAUUGGCACCAAAGGUGGUGACAGUGGUAGAGCAGGACUUAAGCCAUGCAGGUUCAUUCUUGGGAAGGUUCGUGGAGGCCAUACACUACUACUCGGCUUUAUUCGACUCGUUAGGUGCAAGCUACGGGGAAGAGAGUGAGGAGCGGCACGUGGUGGAGCAACAACUGCUGUCGAGGGAGAUCCGGAAUGUUCUGGCAGUUGGGGGACCAUCCAGGACUGGGGAGGUGAAGUUCAACAACUGGAGGGAGAAGCUUCAGCAGUCUGGCUUCAAGGGAAUCUCACUUGCUGGAAAUGCUGCGGCCCAAGCCACCCUCCUCCUUGGGAUGUUUCCAUCUGAUGGGUACACCCUAGUGGAGGACAACGGUGCCCUCAAGCUCGGUUGGAAGGACCUCUGCUUGCUCACCGCAUCUGCCUGGCGGCCUUUGCCUUUUCAUACAUAACGCCACCAUGAUAGUCUCGGUCUCUUGUCUCAAUGCACCUUCAAUUAUUGAAUUAUAUGAGAAUUUUGAGAUAUAUAAAUCUCGAGACAUGAUUCAAUGAUUAUAGGUACAUUAAGAUAAAAAGAGAAUUUAAGAACAUAAGAUCUUGUGCCUUUCUCUUUUUAUUUUUUUUGUAUUUCCAUGUCGAGUCAAUAGUCAUCAAGAAUUGGGCUUUGGAAUCCAAAUGCUCUAUUCCAAUUGUAUUGGGCUCAUUUCCUUGGAUUCAUGGGUGUUUGGAGACAAUGUUUCCAAAGUUGUCAACGUGGGCUCCAUAGUUUGUCUCCUCAAUAUUUCAAUUUUGAAGGUAAGGUGGUGUUCAAAUGUUGGGUAAAUGUUAAAUUUCAUAUAUCACAAGAAA